CAGCGUAAGCUGAAAACACAGGGCCCACACCGCAUUGCAGAAAUUCAGAAAGAUGUGGAGUAUCGACUGCCAUUUACUGUAAACAACUUGACAAUUAAUAUUAACAUCUUACUACCACCUCAAUUUCCCCAGGAAAAACCAGUCAUCAGUGUGUUCCCACCUGUGAGACAUCAUUUAAUGGACAAGCAGGGUAUAUAUGUGACCUGUCCACUAAUAAGUAAUUUUACAAUGCACUCAGACCUUGGGAAAAUUAUUCAAAGUAUAUUGGAUGAGUUUUGGAAGAAUCCACCAGUUCUGGCUUCUAGCUCAACAUCGUUUCCAUACCUUUAUAGCAACCCCCCUGGAAUGCCUCCAUAUGCUCCCCAGGGGUUUCCAUUCCUCCCUCCGUAUCCGCCCCAGGAGACGGGCAGAGCUCUAGCCCCGAUGUCAGUGGCCGAGUCAGUUCGUCCAGGUUACGCCGCGGAGAAACCUGCUGCUCCCUCUUACGGCUUGAUCGAAGAUCUGCCCCUGCCUGUGCCAACAGCAGAAGUUGGCCAGAAUGGAUUUGCUUACAAGAUGCCUGAUGUUCCUGAUACAUUUCCAGAACUCUCAGAACUAAGUAUAUCACAGCUGACCAGUAUGAAUGAGCAAGAGGAAGUGUUACUGGAACAGUUUGUGAAUUUGCCACAGCUGAAGCAAGUCAUUACAGACAGAGAUGAAUUAGUGACAAGUAUUGAAGAGCUGGCAAAAAAAAAUUUGUUGUUGGAGCCUAGCUUAGAGGCAAAAAGACAGACAGUGUUGGAUAAAUAUGAGCAACUCACACAGAUGAAAGCAGCCUUUGAGAAAAAGAUGCAAAGACAGCAUGAACUUAGUGAGAGUUGCAGUCCAAGUGCUCUGCAAGCCAGAUUGAAAGUAGCUGCUCAUGAAGCUGAAGAGGAAUCUGACACCAUUGCAGAAGACUUUUUGGAAGGCAAAACUGAAAUAGAUGACUUUCUCAGUAGUUUUAUGGAAAAGAGAACACUCUGCCACUGUAGAAGAGCCAAAGAGGAAAAACUUCAACAGGCAAUAGCAAUGCACAGCCAAUUUCAUGCUCCGCUAUAGAAUUCCUGCAAACUAGACGUACCAAGAGAAGAGAGAACAAACCCAAUAAAGCACACUUUAUAAUAUCUAUUAUUAGCAAAAUAAGCAUUUCAUCCAUGGUUGUAUUUCUAGAGGAGAUUGUAUACAGAACUGGGACUGUUUUUGUACAAAUUGGAAUGUCUCUUUAUAUUCUCAUUGUACUCAAGAAAUUCUUCUAUUGCAAUCUUUGCACUAAUUUCUUGUAUUUAUUGUUGAUAGUUCUUAUUAUACUUGAGUUUCUGCUGCUAUACUCCAUUCUUCAAAGAUUAAAUAUCAAAACAUGU